UUUUGUAGUUUUAACCAGGGUCAAAAGUGGCUUAGUAUCUGUAACUGUGAUAAAUAGACAAACACGGAAUUUGUUAUGUGAAUAAAAAUGUCGUCACUUCAGUUUGCAAGUCUAAGCGGUCAAAGGGGAAAUAAACCUCAAGAGCACUGACUGGGUUUUACAACAGAGACAGUAUUAUUCAAUAGCCUAUUACCUCUUUUGGGAAACAAGUCAGUGUGAAUUUAGCUAAAGCACAGAACAAGCAUUACACCUAAAUUAUGGGAAUGUCCCCAAAGACCCGCUCUGUUUACGUGAAGUGGCCUGCUUAAUUUGAUGCGUCACUUUGAAUUUACCUCUUUUUAAGACUUGGUGUCGACUUAAUAGUCACCUUAUCAAAAUGUUCUGGUGCAUUCUCAUCAAGCGGCACACGGCUCUCACUGCGUGCGUCAGUACAUUUCAAGGUGCGACACAGGCGUACGCUCCAUGUAAAUCAACUCCAGCUGGAUAUCUGUAUCACAGGAGACAGCCAAUCUUUUCGUUCAGAGGUGAGUCUGCAGCACCUCCUCGGCGCAGUUUUACGUGAGUGCUUUAACAUCCCCGCGCGCUCUCCAGCUGGAGACAGUCACUGCGCGCAUCGCACCGCGAGCGCAUUGUAGCAGCUUUAUUGUAGAGCCCCGGCGAGGAGUGUGUAUCUAUGUAUGUAUGUAUUGUAUUGUAUUGUAUUUAAUUAACCUGUUCGGCCAGUUUUGUCCUUUUCCUCGUAUGUAAUGCAGACUACACGGUGGGAUUAUUAAGAGGAAAAUUCACACAGCAAAGAGCUUUUUCACUUCGAUGCCGGUGUGAGACAAACUUAAGGAAUAUUAGAGGAUGAGGAAGAUGAAUCUCAAAUAAAUACCGACAACACACAUAACACCGGUUACAGGUGGGAUGUCACAACCAGUGUGAGACAGAGAGAGACUGAGGUAUCAUGGACACCUGGAUCUUCUCAUCAUCCCCACCGAACCUGUCGGACCACCUCAUGUAUGACAGCUUCAUGCAGGGUAAUGAGUCUGACCUCCAUGGGAACUACACAGACCACAGCUUCAACAGAAUCAGCACGGCCGUCAUCACCUGCAUGUAUUUUGUGGUUUGCACCGUGGGGCUCUGCGGAAAUGCCCUCGUCAUCUACGUCAUCCUGCGCUACGCCAAGAUGAAGACCGUCACCAACAUCUACAUCCUCAACCUGGCGGUGGCUGACGUGCUCUUCAUGCUGGGCCUGCCGUUCAUCGCCAUCCAGCUGGCGCUGGUCCACUGGCCCUUCGGUCCUGUGCUCUGCAGGGUGGUGAUGACCGUUGACUCCCUGAACCAGUUCACUUCCAUCUUCUGUCUGAUGGUCAUGAGCAUUGACCGAUACUUGGCCGUGGUACAUCCAAUUAAGUCCACAAAGUGGCGCAAGCCUCGCAUGGCAAAGACUAUCAACUUAGCAGUGUGGGGGGUGUCGUUGAUGGUUAAUCUACCCAUUGUAAUCUACAGUGGCAUUAUCACAAAGCACGAUGGCUGCUUCUGCACCAUCGUGUGGCCCGAACCUCAAGAGGCCUACUACACAGCGUUCAUGUUCUACACCUUCAUCCUGGGCUUCUUCCUGCCCCUCAUGGUCAUCUGCCUCUGCUACGUGUUCAUCAUCAUCAAGGUGAAGUCCUCAGGGAUCCGUGUGGGUUCCUCCAAGAGGAAGCGCUCAGAGAGGAAGGUGACCCGGAUGGUGUCCAUUGUGGUGGCAGUGUUUGUCUUCUGCUGGCUGCCUUUCUACAUCUUCAACGUCACCUCGGUUACGGGCACCAUCAGCACCACCCCCAUCCUGAGGAGCACUUUCGCUUUCGUGGUGGUGCUAGGAUACGCCAACAGUUGCGCCAACCCCAUCCUCUACGCUUUCCUGUCCGAGAACUUCAAGAAGAGUUUCCAGAAUGUUCUCUGUCUCAAGAAGGUGGGAGGGCUGGAUGAGGUCGAGCGCAGCGAUAGCCGGCAGGAUAAAUCUCGCAUGAUGAAUGACCCAACUGAGACCCAAAGUACUCUGCUGAAUGGCGACCUGCAGACCAGCAUCUGAGAGGAAGACCUGCAUACACACACAUGCAGACAGUCAUCUCUCUGAAACUGGAAACAGUCAGGUCUUAUGAAUUUCUCUAAGGUCACAUCAGAGGGGACAUUAUUAAAUAUUCAACAAGCAGUUCGGAAAGGAACAUGUCACUUCUUAAGGAGGGCAAAGCAGAAAUGAAAAAUUAAAAAGAUGUCAGACUGAACUUUUUCUCUGUCAACCUUUGGCACAUUGUUGGGGUUCCCUGGAUGUACACAAAUCCAUCACAAUGUAAUCACAAGUUCAUACAAAUGUUUGCUCUGCGCUGUAAAUGAAAUGAAAAUUAAAUAUGUUUGACUGUUCAUCCGUACUGUAUUGACUUUGAGGUAUGGUAGAACAGGCGCUAACGCCAUCUUGCAAAUGGUCCCCUGGGUGACAUGAAUGUUCCCUGGAGACCCAGGAUUAUAUAGUUUACAGCAGAGGGCCUGUGCCAAGUUUCAGUUGUUCUGUGCUGUGUAAAAAUAACACCAUAACAGUGCACUCAUAUGCUGCAAAACAACAUACGGUUGAUAAAAUUGGCAAUCCUAUCAUCCCACUAUUUUUGUUCCUGUCUCGACUGCAGAUUAUUUUCUCUGGAGAGUGGUGUGACUGUAAAUAACUGUAGAGAAAACAGGCAAAGAGACAGAGUCAGAGGAUUUUAUAUUUCGUGUCAUUUAGUUUUGCAACUCUUGUAAAUUAGUAAUGACUUUUUCAGACACAGAGCAUAUUGAAUGUCAGUGCCAUUGAUUCUAAUGUUGUGGAAGCAGCCUGUUUUCUUUUUCUAAUUUGUGUAAGCAGUUUAACUUGUCAUACAGAUGUAUCAUUUGUAAAUGUAAAUAGCAGUUUUCAGUCAGUAGUCAAAUAUAAUAUAAGCACUGUGUCAUUUUCCCCCAUGUCAUUAUAGCUAUGUACAUAAUUUAUACUACGUUAAUUGUACUGGCUUGGUCAAUAUACCAAGCUAGCCUCUAACCAAAGUGCUGCUAAGAUGUAUAGACACUCUACUACAGUGUUUUAUAGUAUUACAUAAAAUAAUUGUAUGCUCAUUUCUGCUGGACUGAAUUUCUGUUGGGAGCUUUGUCAUGGCUCAUUUAGUAUUAUUUAUGUAUAUUAUAUAAUAAUGUAUCUGUCAUUGUUUUCAUGUGUAACAGUAACUGCUUUCAUCAUAAUGUCACACUGCAUGAGUCUAAAUUAUUCAGUAUAAAUACUGAGUAGUGGCUCAGCUUCAUUUUUUAAUGUCGUCACGAUUGAUUAUUUGACUCCCAUUUCCUGUCCAUCAAUCUCCCCAUGGUAGUAGUGUGUGCCAGAGGUCAGAGGUCACCCACUGACUGAUAUACAGUUUCCCUGUAUUUGGGUCGAGUUAUUAGAAGAGGAUGCUGCACUAUCCUAGAAGUACUGACACAAAAGGAGACAGUAUUAUUAACAUAUUUUCACACGUUGAGUUUGUUUUUCCUCUUGAGAAAAUGAGGAACUUAACUUGUCCCGUACUGCUUCCCACAGCAAGCUACUUGUAAACACUUCAUAUGUUGACACUGACACAUCUUCCUCUUAUAAACUGUGGUAUUUGGCCACAUUUCAGGUGUGGUUUCUGACGCUGGGGUGUCUGAGAGAUGUGAAUUUGUGAAGGGCUAGAACACUUGUCUUCAAGAGGCUCUGGUGUUCCUUUAUCAUCUUCAUCAUGAUCAUCAUCACUAUGCUGCUCCAGGAGUCCACAGCUCCUCCUGCCUGUCAUCCUGUGACUCCCUGUCUGUUGCUGUAGUCAGAUUACUGUGUGAGUAUGAUUUAUUAAACCUUUACUCCACAUGUGCAGGUUCCCUCAUGUACAACAAAGCCAGUGACAGAUUAUGAUUAAUGUUCAAAGUAAUAUAGUGUGUGUGUGUGUCUUGCAUUGAUUUUGCCCCAGCGAGCCAGUCUCUAGAAAAAACGUGAGGUAACAUAUGCACAACUACUGAUAUUGAAACAUAUAUUCAACACAACCACUCUAUAAGCAUGUUGUUUUGAGUAUGUGCAUAUAACCUCCCUGUGUGUGUCAUGCAUGAUACAAAGAAGUGCACACACGCACGCACACACACACACACAUACGAAGCUAUGACUAAUCAAAUUCCAUAUCUAAUUUCUCUCCCUGCUGUACUGCUGAAUUUGUUACCUGCCCUGUAACAUCUUAUUACCACUGGAAGACAUGACACACCUCUAGUGUCCUUUAUCUCCAUAGCAACAGUGACUAAGAGCGUUGGUCCCAUGGUUAAAUUCAUUAGCAUAAUAAUAAUCGAGAGAUGACUCUGGACAUGAAUUAUGAAUGUAGACGUUGCCCAGAUGACUCAAGACCGCCAGUUUCACCAUCCGGCAGGCUGUGAAAACGAAUGCUUCAGUUACAUUUAACCAGAAUAAAGUGUAUAGUCUGUGUUGGUGUUCAGUAGAAAACGUAAUCCAGAGCAAACAUCUUGCUGUAUGUGUCAUGGUAGCAGAUAUUACAGAAAACAGGACAGUGUCAUUGUUAACUGUUAGUUAAUGCAGACUGGACAUGCAUAACUUGCACAGUAUCAUCCAGCUGUUUUAGAGUUCUUGUAAGUUAUUAUAAUUCUAUACUUCUCUUACCACAGUGCUUGUAGUUCAUUUUUCAACUUUCUUUUUAAAUAGCUGCUUUUUAAGACUAUAUUGCAGAUUUUCUACUUGGUAUAAUAGUCAAGUGUAGUUUUUAUGAUGAGUGUUUUCUUUCUUUUUUUUCCAAAAGGCUGUUACUCGUGUGCUUUGGAAAAUUUUGCAACCAUUGUUCAAAAAUGUUUGCCGUUUCUGUAGAAUGUUUUCACUAUGUUUGUUCUUCCAGUUUCUGUUCUGUUAAAUAACACUGAAAUGCCAAGUUUAAUGGAGCAAAGAUUGUAUAUAGUUGUGCUGAGUCUAAAUAAAGAAUAAGAAACAUA